AUGGUUCAAAAAGUUUUACUAUUAGGUUCCGGUUUCGUUGCUAAACCAACAGUUGACAUCUUAUCGCAAGACCCCAACAUUGAAGUCACAGUUGCAUGCAGAACAUUAUCCAAAGCUAAAGAAUUAGCCGGUGAUAAAGCCCAAGCUAUUUCAUUAGAUGUCAAUGAUACUGAAGCUUUAGAUGCUGCAGUGGCUAAAUUCGAUUUAGUCAUUUCAUUGAUCCCAUACACUUUCCACGUCAAUGUCGUCAAAUCCGCCAUCAAGAAUAAAAAACACGUUGUCACUACAUCAUACAUUAACCCACAAUUGAAGGCAUUGGAAAAGGAGAUUGAAAAUGCUGGGAUUACCGUUAUGAAUGAGAUUGGAUUGGAUCCUGGUAUUGAUCAUUUAUACGCUGUCAAGGCUAUUGAAGAUGUUCAUAAGCAAGGUGGUAAAGUUAAAUCAUUCUUGUCAUAUUGUGGUGGAUUACCAGCUCCUGAGAACUCCGACAAUCCAUUGGGAUACAAGUUUUCAUGGAGUUCAAGAGGUGUAUUAUUGGCAUUGAGAAAUGCUGCCAAGUAUUGGCAAGAUGGACAAAUUGUUGAUGUUAAAUCGGAAGAUUUGAUGGCUACUGCCAAGCCAUACUUUAUUUAUCCUGGAUUUGCUUUGGUUUGUUACCCCAAUAGAGAUUCCACCACUUAUAAACAAUUGUACAAUAUCCCCGAAGCCGAAACUGUCAUUAGAGGUACUUUAAGAUUCCAAGGUUUCCCUGAAUUCAUUAAAGUGCUUGUUGACACUGGGUUUUUAAAAGAUGAUGAAAUGGAAAUUUUCUCCAAACCAGGUCCAUGGAAUGAAGCUACUGCUAAAUUGAUUGGAGCUAAAUCAUCUUCAGCUGAAGACAUCAUUGCCAAAAUCAAGAGUUUAACCAAGUUUAAAUCCCCUGAAGAUGAGGAGCGGAUUCUUGAUGGUUUCAAAUGGUUGGGAUUGUUAUCAGAUAAACAAUUGACCCCCAAGGGUAACCCAUUGGACACAUUAUGCGCCACUUUGGAACAAUUGAUGCAAUACGAACCGGGUGAACGUGAUUUAGUUAUUUUGCAACACAAGUUUGGAAUUGAGAACAAGGAUGGUUCAACUGAAACUAGAACUUCUACAUUGGUUGAUUACGGUGACCCCAAGGGAUAUUCAUCGAUGGCUAAAUUGGUUGGUGUUCCUUGUGCUGUUGCCACUAAACAAAUUUUGAAUGGAACAUUGAGUAAACGUGGGUUAUUGGCACCAAUGAGUUCAGAGAUUAAUGAUCCUAUUAUGAAGGAGUUGAAGGAUGAUUAUGGUAUUUACUUAGUUGAAAAGACUCUUUAG